AUGGCUUCAGCCUCCAGGCGACGAAGCUCGUAUCGCUCUCGUGCUUUAGGAAGCGGUCCACCGAAUGCUUCAUAUUCCACUCAAGACCGCGCUUCGUCUGUAUAUGCUCCUUCAAUCGGCUCGCAACGCACCCCGGCGCCAAGACAAGUUCUAUCUGAUAGUGUGUUUGAUCAUGGAGGGGAUACCGGUUCCAUUGGACAGUCUGCAGAGGAUGACAUUGAUCAAAUCAUAGCCGCCAUCGAUCUGAAGGAGGCCGGGACGCUUGGGUUGGUCCUUCAAAUCAAGCCUACGGUUCUCCUCACAUCAACUCGGGUUGAUCAUCUCAAUCGCGAAGGACAGGCCCAAAAUGACGAGAAUGGUGCCCGACCAUACCUCCCAUAUCAGCUCGAUGUGCGACCAUCCCAAGAGUUCAAUCCUUCGAAUGCGAAGAACAAGUUAAUUGCGUUGGAAGUAUCGUCUAAACAUGAGGAGCGCUUCAAAUUCCUUGUGCCACAUAGCGGACUCGUCGACACAGAUCAGCUGGACGCCGAGAAUUUGGAUUUCACAUUGGAAGAAGGCAGACAUUUACACAUGGCCAGCUUCCUCGACGUGGAGAACAAGGUAACGCUCGGUUGCUCUGGUGCCGUUCUGACCUACCUGCAACGACGGAGAUCUUCCGACAUGGUGGCUGGCGGCACAGACACGGGGCUAUAUCAAGUGACCUCUUUCGAGAUGUCCAGUCUGAGUGGAACGAUGUUCGUCAACGCAAGAACAUUAAUGGCACUCCAAAUCAUUGAAUCCGAGUCUCAUCCCAGCAUGGUUAAUCAAGGGCCGGGGAGAAGGUCCUGUUCUUCCAAGGAGGGACUCUCUGUAUAUGGCUUAUUCCAGCGCUUUGCAUGCACUCCGCAGGGAAAGCAAGGUCUACGGCAGAUCUUUCUUCGGCCUUCUAUACAACUCGAUAUAAUCCACGAGCGUCAUGCCUUCAUUAGCGUAUACCUCCAGGCUGACAACUAUAAUCCUAUGAACAAAAUGGUGAAGGCCCUAAAGCAUAUCAAGAAUCUCCGGCCGGUUAUGAUCAACCUUCAGAAGGGAAUUAGCACUGGAAGCGGAAAGGUAGCGGGGUUCAAGGCAACGGUUUGGGCUACAUUGUUAGCAGCUCUUCGUGCCCUCGAAGCAGCUCAAUUAUACACCGUUGGAAGAAUGAUCCAGGAGAUCGUUGACAUCGACAGCUCUGAUGAGCAAGGAAGAGCAGUCGUCAAAUCAGGACUGGAUAGAGAUCUCGAUAGAAUGAAAGACAGUUACGACGGCCUGAACAGUUUGCUGAAACAAGUUGCCAUAGAAAUAGCGACGACUAUACCGGCAAGCUUUGACAUUGACGUGAACGUCAUCUACUUCCCACAGCUGGGCUUCAAUAUAGCGAUACCUCUAACCAACGCUGGCGAGGCAGCAUAUAACGGCGCCGACGAGGGUUGGGAGCUCAUUUUCAUCACAGAAAAUCGAGCAUAUUUUAAGGACUUCCGAAUGAGAGAGAUGGAUGAGAAACUUGGGGAUAUAUAUGGACUGAUCUGCGAGAAGGAGAUCGAGAUAGUCUAUGACCUGGCGCAGCGUGUCCUUCAGUACGAAAAGGUCCUUAUAGAAGCAUCUGAUCUUCCUGGCGAUGGCCCAAGCAGUGACCUGCUACAACCUGGUCCGCCCGAGGAUGGUGGCGGACAAUCUAAUCAAGAUCAAAGGAGGCCGGUAAGAGAAUACACCAAGCAGGCUCUACUAGUUCUUACUCUUCCAAGUCAUCUGCUACAGGAGAUGACCGUAUCCUCCUAUGUCCCGAAUGACACCUUCUUGGUAGGAGGCAGACUAGAGGAGCAAACGACCGACCAUUCCCAGCACGCUCCGGAGGCUCUGCGAACGGGAUCGAGCCCAAGCAUGCUACUACUGACAGGUCCAAACUAUUCGGGAAAGAGCGUGUAUAUGAAACAAGUGAGGAGUUCAACCUGCUGCGUCAAAGCCCUAACUAAUCGGCCUGAGGUUGCUUUGAUAGUAUAUCUAGCACAGACAGGAAGCUUCGUUCCUGCAGAAAGCGCUGAGAUUGGCGUGGUCGACAAAAUCCUAGUCAAGUCGAAUUCCCAAGAUAGUGUCUCUCAGAUUCAGAGCACCUUUAUGAAUGACUUGCAACAAAUAUCUUUUGAUCUAAAACACCUAACGGGCCGGAGCCUCCUCCUAAUCGACGAAUUCGGCAAGGGGACCAGCGAACAUGACGGCAUCGGACUAGCGUCCGGAGUUCUCGAACACCUUCUUAGCCUCGAAGACGCGCCAAAGGUCAUCGCCGCCACACACUUCCACGAGAUUCUCGAAAAUGAGUUCCUCCGCAUCAGGCCCCGGCUGCAGUUAGGGCACAUGGAAGUGCGGGUCUGCGAGGAGUCCCGCGAGGCUGAUGAUCAGAUUACGUACCUUUACAAUUUCCGCUUAGGCCGGAGCACGAAGAGCUUCGGCACGAUCUGCGCCGCGCUGAACGGAAUCAACCAAGCCAUUGUCGAUCGCGCAAACGAGCUCGUGACACUUUCUGCUCGUGGGGAGAACUUGAUCGCGGCGUGCACGACGCUGUCUGCGGAUGAAAUGAAGGCGCUGCAGGAUGCGGAUGAAGUAGCGAGGAGGUUUUUGAUGUUGGACUUUUCGGAUACUUGUGAAGGGAAGGAUGUCCGGAAAAUGCUGGAGGGACUGUUUGAUGAGGUGGGUGAGGUGCCGGAAAAUAUAUCUCUGGAAACUGGUUCGGAGGAUUAA